GUUUGCAGUCCGCGGAGGAGAUGCUCCGGGAGGCCGAGUGGGGUGACCUGGGGGACGGUUAGAGAGCGAGCGAGGGCGAGCGGGGGCGAGCGGGGGCGCAGCGUGGAUCCGGGGCGGGCCGGGCGGGCGUCUGGCCCGCAGUCGGACCAUGAGCUACAGCAGGCACUGGGGGGAAUGGUUCCUGAACCUGCGGGUGCCCCCCGCCGGCGUGUUCGGCGUGGCCUUCCUGGCCCGGGUCGCCCUGGUUUUCUACGGCGUCUUCCAGGACCGGACCCUGCUGGUGAGGUACACCGACAUAGACUACCACGUGUUCACGGACGCCGCGCGCUUCGUCGCGGAAGGGCGCUCCCCGUACCUGCGGGCGACGUAUCGCUACACCCCGCUGCUGAGCUGGCUCCUCACUCCCAACGUCUACCUCAGCGAACUCUUCGGCAAGUUCCUCUUCAUCAGCUGCGACCUGCUCACCGCCUUCCUCCUGUACCGCCUGCUGCUGCUGCGGGGGCUGGGGCGCCGCCAGGCCUGCGGCUACUGCGUCUUCUGGCUGCUUAACCCCCUGCCCAUGGCGGUGUCGAGCCGAGGCAACGCCGACUCCAUCGUCGCCUCCCUGGUGCUUGCGGCCCUGUACUUCAUAGAGAAGCGGCUGAUCGCGUGUGCCGCGGUGUUCUACGGGUUCGCGGUGCACAUGAAGAUGUAUCCCGUCACCUACAUCCUGCCCAUAGCGCUCCACCUGCGGCCCGAGCGCGACAACGACGACAGUCUCCGGCAAGCCCGCUACUGCUUCCAGGCUCGCCUCUACGACUUCCUCAGGAGGCUGUGUAGCUGGGCCGUGCUGCUCUUUGUAGCCGUUGCGGGACUCACGUUCUUCGCCCUGAGCUUCGGCUUUUACUGUAAAUACGGUUGGGAGUUUUUGGAGCACACCUACUUCUAUCACCUGACGAGGAGGGACAUCCGCCACAACUUUUCUCCCUACUUCUACAUGCUGUAUCUGACUGCGGAGAGCAAGUGGAGCUUCACCCUGGGGAUCGCCGCGUUCCUGCCCCAGUUCAUCUUGCUUUCGGCCGUGUCUUUCGCCUACUACAGAGACCUUGUCUUUUGCUGUUUCCUCCAUACAUCCAUUUUUGUGACUUUUAACAAAGUGUGCACCUCUCAGUACUUCCUUUGGUACCUCUGCCUUCUGCCUCUGGUGAUGCCGCUAGUGAGAAUGCCUUGGAAAAGAGCCAUAGUCCUCUUAAUGUUGUGGUUUAUCGGGCAGGCCUUGUGGCUGACCCCUGCGUACGUUCUAGAGUUUCAGGGAAAGAACACCUUCCUGUUUAUUUGGCUGGCUGGUUUGUUCUUUCUUCUGAUCAACUGUUCCAUACUGAUUCAGAUUAUUUCCCAUUACAGGGAGGACCGCCUAAUAGAGAGAAUCAAAUAUGACUAAUGUGUGUUCUGGAUCUCCUGCAACUUCUGUGACAUUCUGAUUGUUCUGUAUGGACUAGAAAAACUUUGGUAGUUUUUCCUCCCUAAGGACUCUGGUGAAAGUUCCCUUGUUCCAAUAGAAAUUAAAACCAGUGUUGGCCUUAAAUAUAAAGGAGACCCCACGAUCGAGGCCCAUCCUUUAGAAAGUCUUAGGGCUCAUUUUUGAUUAGUUGAAAAACCGAUGAACUAGAAGAUACUAAAAUGUUUCUGUACGAUAGAGAAACACGUGUUUCCUGGCAGGGUUCGUUCCUGUGACUCUGUGCCACCGUUGUGUCUUCAGCCCUCACCUUUUCUUUCUGCAGUUCUGACAGCUGUGGAAAUUUACAGUUUCUAAAGUACAGCAUGUUUACAUAGAAAAGGAAAAUUUUACGUUUUUGUAUUAAACGUCGGGGCUUAGACAUAAACAAUCCAAAGAAUUUGAAUGAUGAUCAUGUAUUUGUUUUGUCAUUUAAUUUUUCAGCCUUAGUACCGUUGGUAUUCGUUUUAUACAAAAAUUGAAACUCGUCCAUCUUUAGAGCUCAGUUUUUAAAAAAAGAAAUGGAAUAUUAUUACAUUUAUAUGCUUAUUUUUCUAUUAUCUAAAAAGAUUUCCAUCUAGAAUUUGAGCUGAGUAUUGCCCAUAGUAAAAGUAGUAGAAUUUAAGUGAUAAAACCUAAAGUUUUGCUCUAUUCUGGUCUUGUCACUUAAAUUGUGCAUUGUUGAGGAGGCUCAAGUCCUACACUCUGAAAAUGCCACAGUGGGAGGGAAGGAAGAUUCCUGGGAUGUGUAAGUGCUUCUUGAGGAUUCACUGGUCUAGAUGGAGAGGUUGCAGCGGAUGUGAGGUAUUGCAGGAAUGAGGCUUUGGUGGGCAGGUUUUGGGGGAAAUACUCCCUCAACUGUGUUAAUAGACAUCCUAAAAUAUUCUUAGAAAAGCUAGAGCCCAUCUAAGUAGAGGCUUCCUAACAUUCAAAGAUUUAGCAAUAGAUGAGUAUGAUUUUGUGAUCAUGAUUUUUAAAAACUAGUAAAUUGUUUUUCCAGAGUCAAAACUACAACACAUUCCUGAAAGCAAAUAUUGCUCCAGAAAAGUAGUUUUUUUUUUGUUGUUGUUGUUGUUUUUUUAAUGUCAAGGCAAACUUAAAGCCUUAAAAGAUUUAUAGACUGGUCACAAUGAAAAGCUCUAUUAUUGACUAUUUUCUUUGCUGGCUUCCUUUUGGGGUUUGGUCUUAGGAAGAAGGCCAGGUGGCUUUUCUGUGACUGUCUAUGUAAGAAAAGCAGUCAGUUGUAGAAAACAGUGACCUUCGCUAUGACAUCAAGUUUCAUAUUCCUCAUUAGCUUGUAACUUAACAGCUCAUUGUUUAAGACAGUUUAAAUAAUGGCUUUCCACUACCUCACAUGAGCCUUUAAAAUUAUUGUGGGUGUUGAAACCUGGGCCUCAAGCAUUCUGGACACGUACUCUGCCACUGAGCUAUGUAUCCAACUCCAAGUGAAUUUUUAUAGUGAAAAUUUGAGGAAGGAAAGUAUACUUCGUGUGUUUGUGUAGGCCUGACUAAUUUUGUUGUUAGACAAUCUUAUUCCAGGCUGGCCUCAGACUUACUUCAUAGUUCAAGAUAACCUGGAACUUCUGAUCCUCAUGCCUCUACCCCCCAAGAGCUGAGAUCACAGUCCUGUCUACUGUGUCUGGCUCAGAAAUCCUUAUCAAAGAAAUGCAAGUGUUUCUUAAGAGAUGCAGAAAAUGGUUUUCAGUUUAUCUCCUGCAGAACAUUAUUUUUAUUACUUGUUUUAUGUGUAUGGGUGUUUUUCAUGUAUGUCUGUGGACCAUGUACAUUCCUAGUGCCCAAAGUGCCCAGAAGAGGACUUUGAGUUUCCUGUAGAGUUACAGAUUGUGAUGAGCCACCAUGUUGGUGCUCGGGAGCAAGCUUGAGUUCUCUGGAAGAGCAGCCAGUGCUCCUAACCACUGAGCCCGCUAUCGAGCUCCCUGUUGCAAAACAUUUGAUAAGUUAAGUGGAGAAAUGACCUGAUUUGGUCUCUCUUACUUUUGCUCUGCAGCUUUUAAAAUUUUUAUUUGGGGAAGAGGCACAAGCGUCAUGGCUGUGUGUGGAGGUCGGAUGUACCUGUGGCACCAGAGGAAAACUAAUGCUAGUCAACUUUCCUCUUUCCACUGUGCUGGCUCUGGGGAUCAGACUUGGGUUGUCAGGCUUGGCAGCAGGUACCUCUUCAUGCUGAACUGUCUGAUGGCUUUGACUUCUUAUCAUUGGUGAUACCUGUUGUUUCCUUUUUAGUUCUUGAGUAAUACCUUAAAAUUGUGUGGCUCUUUGGCUUAUUUUUUGCGUAAUUCUCUUGUUCUUAUACUACCUGCGUUAUCUUUAUGUCACUGUAGCAAAUGCCUCAUGUGAAUCAACUUGUAGAGAGAAAAGGUUUAUUUGGGGCCAUGGAUUUAGACGUUUCCGUUUGAGAUUGGUUGGCUCUGUUGCUUCAGGCCUGUAGUGAGGUUGAAUAUUGCGGCUGGGAGCACAUGCUAACACAAAUUAUUCACCUAAUUGUGGGUGCCGAAGAUGGAGAGGGCCCACCCCUGAUGCCUUAAAGUCUACCCAUUGGGCAUGACCUAAAGUUGCUGCAGCUUCCCAAUAGUGCCACAGGCUUAACACAUGGGCCCCUGUGAGGAGUGUUCAGAUCCAUGCUACAGUAUCACUGUAAGACUGAUUAAGAGACAAGCAUUAGGUACUAGUUUAAGAAGAAUGUUUCUCCAGAUAGGUUGUGUUCUAAACAGAGCACUGUGUGUUUUCUUCUCUAACUGCUUUUUUGGUGUCUCCAAAAUGUUCCUAGAGGCCUCAAGUUAAAUUCCCUGGGGAUUAGGGUCAUUAUUAUCUUUUUUUUGUUUGUUUGUUAUUGCUGUAGGAGAUAGGGUCUCAUGUAGCCCAGGCUGACCUCAAAGUUGCUUUGUAACAGAGGCUUGACUUUGAACUCAUUAACCUCUUGACUCUACCUCCAAGUACUAGGACUAGCAGGUGCUGGUUAUUUGGAUUAGUUUCUUUGGAAAAGCUGUGAUAAUCAUCCACUACUGGCCAGCUCAGCAAAAGGAUUCUUAAACUAUAGAUCGUAGUUACUGACGUCUCACCAUCCAGAUUUCAUACGUGAUGUGAUGAUGUUUCAUAAGUUGUAUAAAACUUGUCCUUUAGUUAAUUUAUGGCUGAAUAUUUAUAUUUUUAACAUCAGGUGUUAUGGACUCUCUUGCAAUCUGUGGUGUAAGUUAUGAGUAGAAAAGAAAAAUAUGAAAAAUUCUA